UUGGCAGUGAGCAUUACGCACCCACCAUAACAACUCAACUCCGGUAACCCCACCAAUGGCGACUCUAACUCAAAUUUGUUCGUUAACAAUAAGAACCAAAUUGAAUUUCAGUUGCCAACAAAAACUACACAAUCACCACCACACGAACAAUCUCAAUUUCACCAAUCCAAAGCAUAGCAGUAAAAUUUCAACCACGGUAAUCCGUUUAGUCUCUGCCGCUAGCCAGAACCAAUCUUCGCCGGGAUUAUACUCCGCCAAGCAAUUCGACCUAACCGCUUCUAACGUCAAUCUCGUUCUUGAAGAUGUUCGUCCUUACCUCAUCUCUGACGGAGGAAACGUCGACGUUGUGUCGGUUGAAAACGGCGUCGUUUCUCUUAAGCUACAAGGAGCUUGCGAAAGUUGUCCUAGCUCAACCACGACGAUGAAAAUGGGAAUCGAACGUGUUCUUAAGGAAAAAUUUGGUGAUUCUAUUAAAGAUAUUGUUCAAGUUUUUGAUGAUGAUCAAGCAAGAGAAACUACCGUUGAGGCGGUGAAUAAUCAUCUAGAGAUAUUGAGGCCGGCGAUUAAGAAUUACGGAGGUAGCGUGGAAGUGUUAUCUGUUGAAGGUGGUGAUUGUGUUGUGGCGUAUGUCGGACCUGAAUCAAUUGGAUCAGGUGUGAAAGCUGCAAUCAAAGAGAAGUUUCCGGAUAUUCUCAAUGUUACAUUCUCCACCUAGGCUGCAUUUCAAUGCAAUGCAUGCUGAUUCUUCAUUGCAAUUUUGUACUUUUUACUGAUCACAUAGCACUGUCUUUGUAAACUAGUUUAUUAAAAUAUGAUCACUCAUUCCUUCUUAAUAUAGUUGGAUAUAUAUGCAUAAGACCAUCAUUUGUAAACUUAAACAUGUAUCAUGUAAGCAGUUACACCACAGUUACCAAUGUAUUUAUGAUAUGGUUUUAGAA